AGUUACCAUUGUUUUUGUCAAGAAGGUUUCGAUAACCGACGAGUUUUGAAUUUAAGUUGUCGCAAUUUGCCAAAUUUCACCAAGUACACCAAAUCAGCCAUGGUUUCGGUAGCAAGGAAGAUCGGGGUCGAGGCUUACUUGGCGGCUAAGACGAGCUCAGGGUCGAAAAUGGCCAAAGACUGGGUGGCUGUCCAGGAGUUUUACGAGAAAAAACUUUGGCACCAUCUCACCCUGAAACUGUCCGCCUUGGUCAAACACGAAGAGAUGCAGGCGGCCGGCCACGAAGAGAUGGUGGGAUUUUACCAAAACUUCCUCAAAGAUUUUGAAACAAAGAUCAACCCAUUGGCGUUAGUAGAGAUUAUGGAGUCGGUCAUACCGCAUUACCCGACCCCAGAGAACGCAUGCGACGUGCUCGAAGGACUCGAGAAAAGCGUUAAGAACUGCACAGAAGCCGUUGCAUUGUUGAAAAUCCUCCGGGGGAAUAUUUUUCUCAUGAAGAUCAAAAAUCAACUGGCCGCUAAGAAAUUAAUCGACGACAUAGAAGAAGCACUCGACGAGGCAAAUGAAAUCACGUCCACUCACGGCCGAUACUACCUGCUUGCCAGUGAAUAUUACCGUCAGCAGGGAAAACACGCAGAAUAUUACAGUUCAGCUCUCAAAUAUUUAGGAUGCGUCGAUCUAAACGAAAUACCACUUUCUGAAAAAAUCCAGCACGGUUAUUCUCUUUCACUAGCUGCUUUGCUAGGCAAAAGAAUUUAUAACAUAGGAGAACUUUUAGUGCACCCAAUUAUCGAUUAUUUGAAGGAAACACAGCACGAAUGGCUCAUCGAAGUUUUACAUGCGUUCAAUUCAGGUGAUAUAGUCAAAUUUGAGCAAUUGAAGUCAAAGUGGAGCAUCGUGCCGGAUUUAUUAGCCCACGAGGUUUCGUUAAGGCAGAAGAUCGGUCUCCUCGGGUUGAUGGAGAUAGCUUUUAGACAUGGAUCGAAUAAGAGGGAUCUUUCCUUUCUUGAAAUCGCCGAAGCGACUAAGCUUCCUUUGAAUCAAGUUGAACUUUUGGUUAUGAAAGCUUUGGCAGAAGAGCUCGUCAAAGGAUCAAUCGACCAAGUAGAGGGGACCGUGCACAUAAACUGGGUUCAGCCGAGGGUUCUCAAUAAACAACAGAUUAUUUCAUUGAUCGACGUUUUAAACGAAUGGCAGAAUAAAGUGCGCACCAUGGAAACACUCUUCGAGGAAAAAGGAUUUGACAUUCUCACUCUUUAAAAUAAAAUAAAAAAGAGUAAAACCACAAUUUAUUAUAGUGAA